UCAAAAUGGCACUCAACAGCAACUCUGAGGACUUCAUUGCGAUUCUUAGCAUUGAUGGAGGUGGUAUUAGAGGGAUUAUUCCAGCUACUAUUCUUGCUUUCCUUGAAGCCCAACUUCAAGAAUUAGACGGUGAAAAAGUAAGAAUUUGCGACUACUUCGACUUGAUUGCUGGAACGAGCACCGGAGGAUUGGUGACCGCCAUGUUAACAGCUCCAAAUGAAGACAAGCGUCCGCUUUUUGCUGCAAAAGACAUUCUUCCCUUUUACAAAGAACACGGCCCUAAGAUAUUUGCGGAAGGAGGCGGCGGUCUUUUUGGAAAAUUCAGAAGAGGUUUGGCAUCCUUUAUUGGUCCCAAAUAUGACGGUAAAUACCUCCACCAAGUUCUUCAUGACAAGCUUGGAAACACUCGUCUCCAUCAAACUUUAACUCCAAUUGUCAUCCCCACCUUCGACAUCACCAACUUUCAACCACAUGUAUUCACCAACUACGAGGCGGAGGAUUGUUCUGAGUUGGACGUUAAAUUGUCAGACAUAUGCAUAGGAAGUGCCGCAGCUCCAACGUAUUUUCCCGCUCAUUAUUUUGAGAACAUUGAUGAUAAAGGCAACAGGAGUGAGUUCAACCUCAUCGACGGCGGCGUGUGCGCUAACAAUCCGACUCUGGUUGCGAUCAGCACUGUGAUGCAAAGAAUGGAGAGUAAAGAUGAAGAUAUGGGCGCUGGAACCAAUCGUCGCUUCCGGGUACUUUCAUUAGGCACAGGAUCUUCAAACUAUUGCCAGAAAUACACUGCAAAAAUGGCCGCCGACUGGGGCAUUGCCGGAUGGUUGGCUCACGGCGACGGCAACCCUUUGCUUGAUGUUUUCUCCGACGCCAGCUCCGACAUGGUGGAUUAUCACAUCGCCACCAGUUUUCACUCCCUCGAUGCCGGAGACAAUUACCUCCGAAUUCAAGAAGAUGAGUUAGAGGGAGAGUUGGCCUCGGUCGAUGUGACGACGGAGGAGAAUUUGAAGAGAUUGCAAGAAGUUGGGGAAAAGUUGCUGAAGAAAACUGUUUCCAAAUUGGAUCUUUUGACGGGACAUUAUAAGCCUGUUCCUAAUCGUGGAACAAAUGAAAAAGCCCUGAAAGAGUUUGCGAAAAUGCUAUCAAAGAAUAAGAGAAAUCGCUUAAAUUAAAGAGUGAAGCCAAAUAAGAUAUAUCCGAAGAAAUGUCAAGUAUUUAAUUCAGUUUUUUCCUAAGUGCAA